GUGACGGUGCGUGUGAAGCUGGAGGAGGUGUCCCCAGGCAACGCGGAGGACCCUGAGGUGGUGCUGGACCCCCCCAGCCCCCCAUCAGAGCCCGCUGGGGACGAGUGGUGGGAGGGCAAUGGCAGGCUGGAUCUUGAGGUGGAAGAGGAAGAAGAGAGAAGUUUGCAGGAAACAGGUCCCACCGCAGCCAGCACGGAGCUGGAGGACCCCAUUCUGACAACCCAAGACCCCCCGCAUCCCCCCAGCAUCCCCCCAGGCGGCCCCACCACCAGGACUCCCACGCAGACCGAGACCCACCACCGCCCCAGAGGGAUCCCAGAGGAUCCCACCACCUUCCCACCACCCCAAAGACCGCCCAGACCAACGGAGGACACCGGGAACGCCGAGAAACCGUGGGCGAAACCACCGGCACACGGCAAGGAGCGUCCCUACCCGUGCGGGGAAUGCGGGAAGACCUUCGGCCGCCUGACCCACCUCAAGACCCACCAGCGGACCCACACCGGGGUGAAGCCCUACGCCUGCGGGGCGUGCGGCAAGAGCUUCGGCCACCUCUCCACCCUCACCACCCACCAGAGGCUGCACACCGGCGAGCGGCCCUACGCCUGCGGGGCGUGCGGGAAGACCUUCACCAACCCGUCGGACCUCAACAAGCACCAGCGGUCGCACACGGGCGAGCGGCCCUACCCCUGCGCGGCAUGCGGGAAGCGCUUCAGCCAGCAGUCCAACCUCACCAUGCACCAGCGCAGCCACACCGAGGAGCGGCCCUACCCCUGCGGGGCCUGCGGGAAGAGCUUCAAGUACCUGGCGGACCUGACGGUGCACGAGCGCUCGCACACGGGCGAGAGGCCCUUCCCCUGUCCUCAGUGCGGGAAGAGCUUCAGCAAUAAGUCCUCGCUCGCCCGGCACACGCGGAUCCACGCGCGGGCGGCCGCCAGGGGCAAGUGAUAGGGUUGGGUGGUGGGAUGGGGGUCUGGGGGAGGUGAAGAGAGGAUGAUCCACCAGGAAUUGCCGUUGCGGUUGCAACAUAGCUAGGGGUGAAGAUGAGCUGAUGGUUGGUGGCCUCCAAGAGCUUCCAAGGAUGGUUGGCGGCCUCCAAGGUAGCCCAGGAGGCCCUGAAGUUGCCCGGUACUGAGGAAGGGAUCCAAUUCUAUGUGUUUGAAAACUUGGUAGCCCCAGGACAACAAAUCCUUAGUCCCAGAGGAGAUGGAACAUGGAUGAGGGUGAAGAGGAGCUGAGGGCUGAUGUCCCUCAAGAGUCUGGUGGCUCCAGAACUCUGUUCCCUGGACCCAGAGGAGAUAAAACGUGGAUGAAGGUGAAGAUGACCUGAUGUCUCCCACGAGCCUGGUAGCUCCAUGAUGCAGCUCUCUGGUCCCAGAUGAGAUGUAACAUGGCUGGAGGUGAAGAUGACCUGAUGGUUGAUGUUCUCCAUGAGCUUGGUACGUGACUCCUUUAGUCCCAGAGGAGAUGGAAAAUGGAUGAAGCUGAAGGUGAGCUGAUAGUUGAUGUCCUCCAAAGUGCUUGGUGGCUUCAAAACUUUGUUCCCAGGAUCCGAAGGAGAUAGAACAUGAAUGAAGGUGACAAUGAGCUGAUGGUUGAUGUCUUCCAAGAGCCUGGUAGCCCCAAAACAUGUUUCCUUUGUCCCAGAGGAGAUGUAAUGGAUGAGGGUGAAGAUGAGCUGGUGGCUGAUAUCCCUCAAGAUGGAUGAAGACAGCAAUGAACUGAUGUCUUCUAUGAGCCUGGUGGCUCCAGAGCUUGAUUCUUUAGUCCCAAAGGAGAUUCAAUAUGGAUGAGGGUGAAGGUGAGCUGAUGGUCAACGUCCUUCAAGAUUUUGGUGGCUCUAAAAUCUGGUUUUCUUGUCCCAAAGGAGAUACAGCAUGGAUGCAGGUGAUGAUGAGCUGAUGGAUGACGUCUGCCAUGAGUUCUUUGGUCCCACCUCUACACACCUCACCCUCAUCUCCACCACCAGGACACCCCAUCCCCUCCAGCUGAGCAUUUCCAGAUGAAUCUCACUAUUUUCUUUCCCAGUAUUCGCUCAUUGUCAUUCCUGCAGUGAGUGACAUCCUCCUCCCCAGGCCUUAAUGCUCCAGCACCGACCUACCUCAUGGACCACUCGACAUGCCCAGGGCCCCACGCCUCCUCCCUGCGG